AUGGCAGGAAUUAAAGUCAGCUCAUAUUUUAUCAAUAUAUCACCUGAAAAAUGGAAAAUUUCCGAGUUUUACAAGUAUCGCCAGCAAGGAAAUGACUUUACCAGCUCGUUUUGGAAGGAAGCUUUUAUACUUAGGAGAUCUCUCAAUUAUCUUAUGAAAGGAGACUCAUCAGAAGUCAAGAAUUAUGCUACUCUAUUGGAUAAAAAUUUCAAGGCACGUAAUGGUCAUCGUACAAGUGAUAUGGAUUCAAAGUUAUUCUGGGACAAGAUCGAGUUACAAUUAGAUUUUCAUGCUGAAAUUGAAAUGAGAGAGAGGGAGAUGCAGUUAGCCGAGAAUGAAUGUUUCAUUCAGACUGAUGAAUGGGUCCCAACGAAAUGGAAAAAAAUGGAUUAUUUUUCAGUCACUCCUCUCCAACGUGAACAGGACCAACCACCACAUCCUCCUCCAGAUCAAAUCUAUUCGUUAGGUGCUUUGUCAAAUGCCUUCGUCCCCCCUUAG